AUGCCAAGACUCGUUUUACCAAAUCCUGGCUUGGAAGAUCGAAUUCUCUCCCAUGAAGAGCUGGAGAGGAAGGAGGUAGAGGAAGUAGAUGACCGACCCAAAUGGGACAACAAAGCUCAGUACAUGCUAACAUGUAUUGGAUUUUGUGUGGGAUUAGGAAAUGUGUGGCGUUUCCCCUAUCUGUGUCAGAGCCAUGGUGGAGGGGCAUUCAUGAUCCCGUUUCUCAUCCUACUGGUUUUUGAGGGUGCUCCUCUGUUACUCAUGGAGUUUGCCAUCGGACAGCGGCUACGCCAAGGCAGUGUGGGUGUCUGGAGUUCCAUUCACCCAUACUUGAAAGGAAUGGGUAUAGCAUCAAUGCUGGUCUCAUUCCUGGUUGGCUUAUAUUACAACAGUAUAAUCGCCUUGGUUAUGUGGUACUUCUUCAAUUCAUUCCAAGAGCCACUGCCCUGGAGCAUCUGCCCAAUGACAGAAAACAAGACAGGAUUUGUUGACGAAUGUGUCAGGAGUUCUCCAGUAGAUUAUUACUGGUACAGGGAAACCUUAAACAUUUCUGCUACAAUCAAUGAUUCAGGUGACAUCCAGUGGUGGCUAUUACUCUGUCUGAUAAGUGCUUGGGCAGUGCUGUAUGUAUGCACAAUCAGAGGCAUUGAAACAACUGGCAAGGCUGUAUAUAUUACCUCUACUCUCCCCUACCUUGUCCUUACCAUCUUCCUGAUUCGAGGACUGACAUUAAAAGGAUCUGUCGACGGAAUAAAAUUUCUCUUUACACCAAAAGUGGAAGAAUUGGCAAAUCCAACUACAUGGUUAGAUGCCGGAACACAAGUUUUUUACUCAUUCUCUUUGGCUUUUGGGGGUCUCAUUUCCUUCUCCAGUUAUAAUUCUGUUCACAACAAUUGUGAGCGAGACGCUGUGAUAAUCUCUGUGGUCAAUGGCUUCACUUCAGUGUAUGCAGCCACAGUAAUAUAUACCAUCAUAGGUUUCCGAGCAACAGAGAAAUUUGACACAUGUUUUGAUAACAAUAUGUUGAGCUUGACUAAUGCUUUUGAUCUGGCAGAAACCAAUCUGACCAGAGAGAACUAUGAAGAUGUCCUUAACUACUUGAACAGGACUUAUCCAGGGAAGGUUUCAGAGCUGAAUUUGGAAACCUGUCAUCUGCAAUCCUUUCUCAAUCAGGGUGUCGAAGGCACUGGAUUGGCCUUUAUUGUCUUCACGGAAGCUAUUACAAAAAUGCCCGUCUCUCCAUUGUGGUCCAUCUUGUUCUUUGUAAUGUUAUUCUGUCUUGGACUUUCGUCAAUGUUUGGGAAUAUAGAAGGUGUAUUGGUACCAAUUCAAGAUAUGAAAAUCUUCCCAAAGAAGUGGCCCAAAGAACUUAUUACUGGCCUGACUUGUCUAGUGUGCUUCUUCAUUGCUUUCAUAUUUAUCAUAAAUUCGGGAAACUACUGGCUGGCCCUUUUUGACACCUACGCUGGCUCUAUCCCCCUGCUGAUCAUCGCUUUCUGUGAGAUGAUGUCCAUCUCGUAUAUUUAUGGCAUUGACAGAUUCAAUAAUGACAUCAAAUGGAUGAUUGGGCACAAGCCAAAUAUCUUCUGGCAAGUCAUGUGGAGAGGCAUUAGUCCUCUCAUAAUGUUGGUCAUAUUCCUGUUUUAUUUUGUAAUUAAAGUGAGAGAGAAGCUGACGUACAUUGUCUGGAAUCCAGAGUAUGAAAAUUUCCCCAACCUCGAGGAGAAGCUUUAUCCUUCAUGGGUGACGGUGGUCAUUGUCAUUCUGGCUGGAGUGCCAAGUUUAGCCGUACCUUGUACAGCCUUGUACAUGUUUAUCAGGAAUCGGUGCCGGAAGAAUGACGACAAGCAGGGUCUGGUCCAUUCAACAUCGGUUGCCUCAGUGAAUGGAACACAGAAUAAGAUUUAA